UGCGUAAUUUAAUUUCCCGUGAAAAACAACAGUGAAAAAUUUGAAAAGUUGUGUUAAAAAUUUGAAAAGUUUGAAAUACCAUAAUUGUGUUAACUGUUCUAUACAGCUGGAUUAACGUGUCAAAAUAUUUGUGCGUUGCAUUAUAGUUACAGUUUUACUUGGAUACAGCUGAACAAUGCAGUUACAUUUCUAACGUCCAGAAGAAGUGAUUAAACAAACAAGAUAAAGGUAAUAAAUAAAAGGAACAAUGUGAAAUUAGACCAACGCAAUGAGCGUGUCUCCCCCUCAAGAAGAUGUGCAUUCAGAAAAUUGCGUUCGUUCAGAAACUUGUUCCGAUUUGGAGUCUGGUUCAGAAAAUGACUCAACAGAUUCAGAAUCCGACUCGUCUGACUGUUCAGAAUAUAAAGAGCAAAAGUUUGCAUCAGAAAUAUCUAAUCGACCAGGAUGUGGAACGUUAAAACAAUCGCAGCAAUCAGGACUGGUCAUAUCGCAGAGCAGCGCCCCGAGCGCACCAUCUUUCGGUAGCAUCGCGGUUACGAAUUGUGCUGACAUACACUUCGGCAAUAAGACUUACUAUAAGGGGCCUGUAACCAUCAAGCAAUUCUUAUACGGUUCGAGCCCAGUUGACGACGCCGGUGCUUUGUCCAACCCUGGAUUCGAGCGCGAUAAGUCAGACGACGCAAAUCGUACCACGGAUGGAUCCGUACAUAUUCCUAAUGGAGGCGCCAUCCGUUCAGAAACAACCCCAAAUCCGCACAACAAAGGGAGUCAACUAGUACGAGAAUUGUGGGAGAAAUGGCGAAUGAAGGAACGAAGAAAAUUUAUCGUAUUAGGCGGAGCCUUAUUUUGCACCGUACUGGCGUUUUGCCUUGUCGUCGUAUUUGCUGUACCACCAAGUGCUACAUUACCACACAAUAACAAUAUUUCAAGACUUAGUGAGGAUGAUAACAAAAAUAUCCCAAUUAAAACAGAAAUAGGUAAAUCUUUGCUGCCAGGACGAACAUUACGAAUAAUAUCUCGUCAAGAAUGGGUGGCCCAACCUCCGGAAAUACCGCCCGACCCUCUACCGACACCAGUUCCGUAUGUCAUCAUAAUGCACACGGCCACUGAAAAUUGCUCAGACCAGGCGAGUUGCACAUUUCACGUCCGAUUUAUUCAGACUUUUCACAUGGAAUCUAGGAAUUGGUGGGAUAUCGGAUAUAACUUUCUAGUUGGAGGUGAUGGAGCCGUAUACGAGGGACGGGGCUGGGAUUCAGAGGGAUCACACACCAAAGGAUAUAACAAAAUAAGUAUCGGCAUAGCAUUCAUCGGUACAUUCAACAAAAUAGAACCAACUCCAGGUCAAUUGGAAGCUGCUAAAAAAUUGAUUGAAGAGGGUGUUAGACUUGGAAAGAUAUCACCAAACUAUAAAUUAUUUGGAUUUCGUCAGUUUGUGGCAUCUCUAAGCCCCGGAGAUGCACUUUUUCAAGAAAUAAUGACUUGGCCACACUGGUCAAAUACCACGGAAUAAUAAAUUGUAAUUAUGUUAAAAAUAUGGUAAUCUUAAAACGCAAAAUGCAGAUCUAAUUUAAACCUAAAAAUAACAUACUCUUAUACUAAUUAUAUGAUAACUAAGUCUGCAUAUUUUUUUGUUUGUUUGAGUCAAAAUAAAUUAUAUUCUAGUCGCAAAAAGAAUAAAAUUUUAAUUUUU